AGAUAAAAGCGAGCUGCUGCCACCGUACGGCUUACGCUGCCGUGUGUCCGACACAAAAUCGUGGCCGGGGUCGCACAGACUUCUAAAUUCACAAAUCUGAACGGGGGCUCCAACGUUCCAUAGUUCACUUGUGCUUAUGCUUUAUUCGUCUCUUUAGUCAGACUUUCAACUUUGAAGCUCUCAUCAACUGAACUUCGUCAGUUUCAGUCUACUCAAGUAUCUACUUCAGAAGGUUUAAGGGUAGAGGGUGUACCAUACCCUACUGCAAUACGUGCAAGCAUGGAUUGUUAUUAGGACUUGAGUGAAUAUCGGUAGGUGAUCUAGUCAUCUAACCGUAAGUAGAUGACGCUGAGGUUGUUUGCAGCUUCAUUGUCUGCAAUUCAAAAACUAAAUCAGUAACUCUUUGCCAAGAUGUCUGCACCAACCCGCAGCUCAAGUGUGAGGAGACCCGCUGAAACUAUGAGACUUCUACUCACAACUUUAGUUGGGAUUGUAUUUGGUUUCUUCUUAGGUGUUUCCUUCCCCGCCCUCUCGUUGACAAAAAAUAACGUACUAUCAAGUCUCUUCCCUUCCAUUAACCAUACUUAUGUUGAGGACAAGAACUCCGGUCUCUCAACUCAAACACUGUUAAAUGUCUUGUCUUCCCUGAAGGGUAGCAGGGGUGGCUCACCUAAACACAGUACUCCAGAGAUUUGGGUUCCAUCAAACCCUCGAGGAGCUGAGAGGUUACCCCCUGGCAUUGUUACUGCAGAGUCUGAUCUUUACUUUCGAAGAUUGUGGGGCUUACCCAGUGAGGACUUAAUCACCAAGACAAAAUAUCUUGUUACAUUCACAGUUGGAUAUGACCAGAAGAAUAACAUUGACGCUGCAGUGAAAAAGUUCUCAGGAAACUUUACCAUUAUGCUCUUUCACUAUGAUGGACGGACUAGUGAGUGGGAUGAAUUUGAGUGGUCAAAACAGGCUAUCCAUGUCAGCGCUUUGAAGCAAACUAAAUGGUGGUAUGCAAAGCGCUUUUUGCAUCCCGACAUUAUAGCACCAUAUGACUAUAUAUUUAUUUGGGAUGAGGAUUUGGGGCUUGAGAAUUUCAAUGCAGAGGAGUAUAUAAAAUUGGUGAGGAAACACAGUUUAGAAAUUUCACAGCCCGGUCUGGCACCAGACAGCGGGUUAACUUGGCAGAUGACGAAGAGGCGGGAUGACACUGAAGUUCACAAAGAAACGGAGGAAAGACCUGGUUGGUGUUCUGAUCCACAUCUCCCACCAUGUGCUGCGUUUGUUGAAAUCAUGGCACCUGUAUUUUCUAGGGAUGCUUGGCGUUGUGUAUGGUAUAUGAUACAGAAUGAUCUGGUUCAUGGAUGGGGUCUUGAUUUUUCUCUUAGAAAAUGUGUGGAGCCUGCACAUGAAAAGAUAGGAGUUGUAGAUGCACAGUGGAUUGUGCACCAAACUGUUCCUUCUCUUGGGAAUCAGGGUCAAUCAGAGAACGGCAGGGCCCCAUGGGAAGGGGUGAGAGAGAGGUGCAGAAGAGAAUGGGCAAUGUUUCAAGAUCGGUUGACUGCUGCUGAGAAGGCCUAUUUUGAGGCAUUGGGAUCCGGUUCACGUAACUCCACUUCUCUUUAAUAACACAAACUUCUAUCUACAUCACAAAGGAUGCACAGAGCUAGCGCAACAAGCAAAUAUAUUAGGUGACUAGGUGAUGAGUCUCUGUAGGUUGAAAAGCUAAUAGUUGGCCGCACAUGGAGAUUCAAUCUAAUUUUGAUAGCAGCCCUUAUAGUUUCGUGUGUGAUAUGUAAUACGGAGUAGUCUUUAGAUCUUUUGUUGCCUACCUACUUCAUUUUCCUUGCUCAUGCUUUUUGCGUGAUUUACAGUUUUAUACUAAUAUAAUACAAUACAAUUGGAUUAGUCCAAACUCCAAACCAGCUAUUUGCUUGCCUAAAGUACCACAACUCAAAGGGCAUUGGCACUAGUGUCUAGUGGUCUCACUUGACCCAAUUGAUGA